AGCAUGGCUGACAGCAAGGCCAAACCCACCAAGGCAGCAAACAAGACUCCCCCCAAGUCUCCAGGGGACCCCUCGAGGGCCAAGCGACUCUCACAGGAGUCUGAGGGCACCGCUGAGGGAGCAGUGGGUCCUGAGCUGAGCGCCUUGGAGGAAGCCUUCCGCAAGUUUGCUGUGCACGGGGACACGCGGGCCACGGGCCGCGAGAUGCACGGCAAGAACUGGUCCAAGCUGUGCAAGGACUGCCAGGUCAUUGAUGGCAGGAACGUGACUGUCACUGACGUGGACAUCGUCUUCAGCAAAAUCAAAGGCAAGUCCUGCCGGACCAUCACAUUCGAGCAGUUCCAGGAGGCCCUCCGGGAGCUGGCCAAGAAGCGCUUCAAGGACAAGAGCGACGAGGAGGCUCUGCGUGAGGUGCACCGGCUGAUCGAGGGCAAAGUGCCUAUCAUCUCGGGGGUUACGAAAGCCGUGUCGUCCCCCACUGUGUCCCGGCUCACAGACACCACCCGCUUCACCGGCUCCCACAAGGAGCGCUUCGACCCGUCGGGCAAAGGCAGGGGCAAGGCAGGCCGUGUGGACCUGCUGGACGAGUCGGGCUACGUGUCGGGCUACAAGCACGCGGGCACCUACGACCAGAAGGUGCAGGGCGGCAAGUGA